GUACAUCUUGAUCAGGGAAUAGGGUCCGAUCCCUGACCUUCUCUCAUUGUGGCAAAGGCGUACCUAGUCGCAAGACUUGGUCGCCUUUAGGAGCCACAAUGGAUCAUGCCACCUGCAAUGUUCUAUACGUUGAUCGCAACGUGCGGGAAGACAGGUACUUGAAUGCGUCGAAAGGCGAUUCAGCCGCUGGAGCGGAGUGGGAAACAGAACUUAUCGCGGAGAAUGUCAAGCUGCUUCUUCAUGUCUUUGGUGAAGUCCACCUGAUCAGCACCGGAGGUGCUUGCUUGUCGCAAUGGCUCGAUCUUCAGGAUACCUCCGUGAUCGAACUGAAGCCAACCCUCAUCAUCAUAGAUACCCCGUAUGGAGAUCGGCUACCAGAGAGGGCACGAUCUCGGACGCCGUCCCCGCGUUCUCUGCCUUCACCGGAAGACGGAGAGGGCCAGAAUCAUGAGGAGGAGCUGUAUGGUCUGGCGCUGCUUCAGAGGAUAGUCUCCGAGUCGUACCUUCGAAACUUGUCGAAGCUGGUCGUUCCGGUCCCCAUCGUCGCCUUCCCACCGUCUGAUGGCUCCGACGGCCACGAGGAAACUGGUGACGCGAGGGAUGAAAUCGCCAAUCGCAACCUUCACCCAGACGCUCCCAAGAUCCAACGAACAGGGAACCGGAAGAUGCUCAAGAGGUGUCUUGAUUUAGGCGCGACCGAUGUUAUGGCCAGUCCGAUGAACGUCAAGUGUAUUACGAACCUCGAGGUCCACGCAUACCGCGCCCAUCGGGAUGCCGCCCAGGAUCAGAAGUCGUUGCUCGAAGUGCGACGAGGUAGGAAGCGGUCGUGGGUUGGCAUAAGCGAGGAGAAGCCGUUUUCCUACCUACGCGAGGCCAUGGUUUCCGGGCUCAUGAAUCGCAUAUGCCGUAUAGAAUCCGGGCUCGACGAUCCCGUCGGGGUCAAGGUAUCAAUCCCCGUCCAAAGACGGGCCGCAAUAGCCGACGCCGUUGGCCGUUGGCAUUUCUGUGCCCACGACUUUUCCGAUGACGAGUUGAUCGUGGCUGCUUCCGUCAUGCUUAAGCACGCCCUAUCCAUGCCUGAGUUGGAACAAUGGCGGAUACCAACAGACCAACUUCACAGUUUCCUGAUUGCCUGCAGAGCCGCCUACAAUGCCUUUGUUCCAUACCACAACUUCCGCCACGUUGUCGACGUCUUACAGGCUACCUUUAGCUUCCUGGUCCACAUUGGCAUAUUGCCACCGUUUCCAUCCACCGGCCCUCCAUAUUUGACCCCGAAGAAAUCACCCAUCGCCGAGCUCCUCGAGCCCCUCGACGCCCUCACCCUACUCGUCACCGCCAUCGGCCACGACGUUGGCCAUCCCGGCGUCAACAACGGCUUCCUGACCAAACUGAACGCUCCCCUUGCGCAGCUAUACAACGACCGUUCGGUCUUGGAGUCCUUCCAUUGCGCUGCCUAUUCGCAGAUCCUGCGCAGACACUGGCCAGGGGCAUUCGAGAACUCGAGGAUGCGCAGCCUCAUGAUCAGUUCCAUAUUGGCCACGGACAUGGGUCUGCAUUUCGAGUACAUGAAGAGGUUGGCAGAUCUCCAGGGCAAGUUACGCGAAAACAACAGCACGGAAGGAUGGAGCGCGGCGAUGGUCGAGGAGCAGAAAGCCCUCACUUGUGCGCUGCUGAUGAAGUGCGCGGAUAUCAGCAAUGUGGCACGACACCACGAUACGGCCGUCCAGUGGACGUACAUCCUCUCAGACGAAUUCUCGAGGCAGGCGUCGAUGGAGGCGGAGCUGAGCAUUCCCACCUCGCUUAUGGCAGAGCCAAAGAAGGACAAGAUAUCGCUGGGGAAAGCACAGCUGGGCUUCAUGAGCUAUUUCGCCAUGCCCUUAUUCCAGGGCGUGGCAGACAUCAUUCCCGGCAUGCAAUAUUGUGUCGACGAGCUGGAGGCCAACAGGGUGAUAUUCGAGUCAAUAGUGGGGGGGGGGCAAAAAGAAGUCCAAACAAACCGGAUGCCUUGUUGGGAUGACAAUGUCUCACCGAAAACGACGACCAUGGACGUCAACCACGAGCAUAGGGAGGUGCUAUCGCCUGCCCCGACGGUGCUGGUGAACCGGGCAUCGACGGAGAAGGAGUUCUUGACUCACCAGGUCAGCCCCGUCGACAAGCCGUCCCAGAUCCCCGAAUUCAACGCCGGCUACCAGGAGGUGAACGGAAUCACCACCAACUUCAAUUCCGUGGCCGACUUCGCGGCGAGCGAUCCCUUCAACGUCAACGACUGCAACCACGACCGGCCAGGGCAGCAGCGCUGCAGCGAGACCACCGAGGGCAGCUCGGUCCCCUGCUCGGGGGACUGGGCCUCGGGGCCGACGAGCGCGACGACAGGGAAAAUGCCCCUGUCGCCCAGCACACGGGGGACAAGCGUCGUCAGCAGGGACUCGACAGACCGGCCCGUCAGCGUCCCCACGACGACCACCACCGCCCCGAGUUCCGCCCUCGUGGCCACCGAGUCGGCGACAAGCGAGGCCGGACCCAAGAUUGAGGUCCGCCGCGCCGCCGACGUCUCGCCGGGCGCCUGCAGGUCGCUCAGGAAGAAGCCCAGCCGAUUCAGGAUCAACGCGCUGCCCUUCUUCCGGAGACACAAGGGCUCGAGUCCCCCGGUGCCAGCGGCCGAUACGGCGGGAUGAGAGAGGCCGCCUGGUGAGAAUUAUAUUCUACUGGGAGGAGUUUCAGCAAGAGGGAGCUAGCUCAGAUGUCCAGCGACAGCCGAUACCGAAGAUAAGAGGAGUGUCGAGUUUGCCGCCUCCCUGCCCGCUGUCAUGGUCGACGGCACGGGGCGGAGCAAGGGCCGGAGAAGAGCGCGCCAUCAUGAGACCGAGUCGCGACUACGAUGUGGGCC